UGAUAAGCCUCCCUAGUCUUUCCUGAUACGCGGCGCUAGCAGGCUGCAGGAAAUGUAAAUCGCAACAAAUUAUGCAACAUGGAAUCCAGGAAGGACGACGUGCGCACUCGGACCGUCGUCGCUGAAGGGAUAGAAAGUUGCGCGAUCCAGCUGAGCGACUAGAUGUGUGCGUGUGGAUUUGCAUCGAUUCUGUCUGUCACUUGGUGACCGGGCGUAGGCGCGAGUUUACUGGGCUGACUGGACGAACCCACAACAUUCUGCAGAGUCUAAGAUUUGCCUGUCAUGUUAACAUAAAGCCCUGAAUCACCUCAGCAUUUGCAUCUUGUAGGACCCAGAAUCACUCCAACUGUCAUCCCCUUUUCCCUCUUUGAGAAUCACCGCCAACUCUCUUCCCUGGUUCCCAUUCAAGAAUCGCUGCUAACCCUUAUUCUGGAUUUUGGGGAGGGGUAUUCCCUUAGACAAUCACCAAAACAGUGUUUCAGUUUUCACAUCAAGCCUAAAAUGGUAAACCAAAGCAAGUGUACUUGAUGGGAUUGAUUUUCUAUGCCAUUCCACUACUGGCUCUGAACUGUCUGCAGGGAUGACAAGUGAAGACGCAUCUGUGGGUGGUUAUUCUGAACUGGCAAAGAGGAACAUGCAAGACCCCACAGAGGAGAAUUUUGUGGAGGAAGUGGGACAGAGCUGUAUGACAGAAGAUGAAGAGGAUGAGGAAAGUGAAGACAAUGAGCCUAAAGUAUGUCGUGUCUGUGGCGAUAAAGCCAAUGGUUACCACUUCAAUGCACUGACCUGUGAGGGCUGCAAGGGUUUCUUCAGACGUGCCAUGAAACGUACCAGCCAGUUGAGUUGUCCUUUUCAGAACUCGUGCAUCAUUACCAAAAACAACAGGCGACAGUGCCAAGCAUGCCGGCUAAAAAAAUGCCUGGAUAUUGGAAUGCGGAAAGAAUUAAUUAUGUCUGAUGAAGCUGUAGAACAGAGACGAGAACUAAUCCAGAAAAAAAAGAGACGGCGCCUACCAGCACCUUCUGUUGAGGAGAACUUGACUCAGAAACAGGAAACUAUCAUUGAGGAGUUAUUGGAGGCUCAGCAAAAGACGUUUGACAUUUCGUUUAAGCACUUCAAGCAGUUCCGGCCUAUAAAUCGAAUUUCCUCACAAGAGCAACCCCAUACAGUCAAUAAUGGGCAACCAAACACUAGUGACGGCUCUGAAAACUUGCAUUUCUCCAUGCUACCACAUGUGGCAGAUUUGUCAACGUACAUGAUUCAACAAAUAAUAUAUUUUGCCAAAUCACUUUCAGAAUUUCGAAAUCUCUUCAUUGAGGACCAGAUUGCACUGCUUAAAGGAGCUGCUUUUGAAAUCUGUCAAAUACGCUUCAACACUGUGUUUAAUAAGGACACAGGAUUCUGGGAAUGUGGACCACUUCAGUACGACAUUCAUGAUGCUGCCUUUGCUGGAUUCCAGUCUCAUCUUCUGGACCCAUUAUUGAAGUUUCACUACACACUACGCAACCUGAAUCUGCAUGAUGCGGAGUAUGUUCUGAUGCAGGCAAUCUCAUUGUUCUCUCCAGAUCGACCUGGUCUUACAAAUCAACAUGUUAUUGACCAGUGUCAAGAGGAUUUUGCCAUCACACUGAAAAACUACAUUGACACGAAGCACUGUCAACCACACAGCAAGUUCCUUUUCCCAAAGAUAAUGGCUUGCUUGACCGAGCUGCGCACAAUGAAUGAAGACUACACCAAGCAGGUGGUUCAGAUCCAGAAUAUCCAGCCUGACGUAACACCACUAAUGAUGGAAGUUUUCAGCCAGCCACUGUAGUACCAAAGCCAAUGCCGCCAAGUGGGAAUGGUAGCCAUGAAUGUAUAUAAUCUACUGUGAGUGGCAAUAAAGACUUGUGAAAGACCAUGAUGAGGAGCUGCACUGGUCUGGAAGGGCCAUUAGAAGAAAAAAAAAAGGAACAGCGAGGUGAGGGGCUUCAGGUUCUUACACUUAACUUUGCCAUUGAUUAACUGCCAAUGACUAGACGGAGAAAGAGAAACGGAAGGCAGGGGUUUUGAGCUUCGGCCAUUCUUAACACAGCAGCCAAAAUAUGUCAGAGGGCUUUAGGAAUCGACUGGCCCUGCUCAUCGGGAGGUUCGGGCAAAUUGGACCAAAAGACAGGAAAUAAACACUUGAGACAUUUACACCACCAUUUACUGGUUGAUCGAACAGGAGGAGCUUGUGCUCAUGGUCCACUGUGGUCCUCAGAAUUUUUAAUGGGCUCAUUUGAAGUGGAUACGGGGAGACAGCGAGGCCAUGUCUAACAAGUUGGACCUGUUCAGAUUGCAGAUCCACUGAUUCAGGCCUCGCUGGUUGUGAGAGGAGAGGGUACACAUGUGAAAUGGGUAAUGUAACGGUGAAUAAUGACGUGUGAGCAGUUCAGACCACUUUUUUGAAGAGUUCAAGAGCGGAUGAGUCCGAUUUGCAGAAUGGCACAUCUGUGUCAUUGUUAGCAGGGCGUGUGGGAGAGCCAGUGUCGUCUUCUCAGGCUGGCACUGCCAUAAAGAGCACUGCAAGGCCAUCCAGAUUACUAAAAACGAAGAGGCGGCGAAACACCAGUGUCCAAGAUUACUGCCCAGUGUAUUGUAGGUCAAAAAUAACAUUCCAAAUCUACCAUCAGCACCUCCUGGCACUGCUCACCUGACCAGUUAUGAUGGACAAAUAAACAGCUGAUGGAACGUCAUUUCAUCUCAGCAAGCUCUUUCCUUUCGUUCUGAACGGAGAUGAAGAGUUGGGUGAUGAGCGAACUCAUCAUCACGCUGCAUAGCCACGUAUCUUUUUUCCUUGAGCACAAGGCCACCAAAACAUAGAAUUACAAACAUAUCCUUCUAAGCCUGUGAUCUUCAGCUUCACGAGUGGGUUUUGAGCACAAAUGGAUUAUGAAAAUCCACACUCAGCGUAUGAUAGCAUAGUAGUAUACAGCAUCACAUCGUACUGUUUAACCCAUUUAUGUACUGAACGCCAUUUUUAUGGUUGCAGGGAAGCAUAGCCAUCGUGGCAGCAGUGGGCACAAGGCAGAAACCAGUUCUUGAUGGGCAGACUUGCUCUCACUCGGCCUGGAUGAAAAGCCACAGAGAUGCAUGGGUGAGAGAGUCUCGUACAACGCAACGUGAUAUGAGGUAUCACAUGAUGCCACAGUCCAGGACAAGACGCGCCCGGAGUCCCGAGUUUAAAUCUCGGCCUGGACACUCAUUUACACCUUCUUCCCAUGUUCCCAGGUUUUCCCUCUCCCUGGGAUUCCGUCAGUUCGGAGUGUUAGGUUAGAAACUGAGCAGGUGGUGCAGUGGGCUUUAAUAUGCCACUGGGCUUGGCUCUCGUCACUGUGGCCACGUACUGGAAUAAUCCGCUUCAGGAAAGGAACUGACAAAUGAACGAUGCUAUAGAAGAACGGGCCACUCAGCCUGGCAUACUGUAGCUCGGCGCCAUCGACUCUGCUAUGUAGUCGCUCAUUCAGUGGAUCUGUUGAAUAAAUGGCAUGAUGCACUGUAAUAUCCUGGUAGGGUGUGCCAACUGUGCCCAAGUUCGGAGGUUUUCCUGUGGUGGUCAGUUGACCAGCGGCCUUCAGUACGGACCUCUCUGAGAGCCGGUGGCUUCUCCUUUGUUUGACGUUGUGUGUAUGUAAGUUAUGUGUGUCGUGUAGUUUGGAAAAAUGUGUGCCAAGGAUUUAAUUUAUAAUUUAGUGGAAAAAUUCAGGUUUCUGUUUUGAAAGAUGAAUACUUGUAGUCUACAUACGGUACAGUAUACAGAACAUUUUUGCACAGCUUGUUCCCCCAUUUGCUGCUAAAAUUAAUCUCAGGUUCUUCUAUCUAACAGAAGUUUAUAUAAAAAUGAGCUUGAACCCUCAACUGAAGAGCAUGCGGAUGCUGGGCUUCAGGUUCUACAAAUGACUUGUCGGGCCCCCGAUAUGUUUAUUUAAAACGAUUUUCAGUUUGUCUGCUCCAUAAUUGGAUGUAGUCACUAGAAUCCAACUAGCAUGCCAGCCUUGAGCACUGGUGCCGUGUGUGUGUUACAGAAAGAUGGAACAAUCGUAGGAAUUAAUGAUUCUACAAGUGCCUCAGUCCUACAGGGUAAUGUCACGAAAAAAGAACAAGGAGGACCUACGAGUGUAUUCAGGCAUUUCAGUAGUCCAGCUGAGAUGUUGCCUACUGUAGUUAACGUUCUAUUAAUAUGUGACAUAACGGGGGCUUUCUUUGUAUCAAAGGUCAAUAAAAUACUCCAAACACUG